AUGAAUUACCUCUUGCAUCCGGAGUUCUCCACCAGCUCUCCGGAGUACUCCGAUCACCACCUCCUCCCCUUCAACGAAAGUGACUCACAAGAGAUGCUUCUGUUCGGAGUAAUCUCCGAUGCCCAACCACCCCCCCACAUUAAACAAGAAGUAGAUCAUCAUGAGUGUUUAGAGUCAGAAAAAGAGUGCAGCUACAGAGGCGUGAGGCGGCGCCCGUGGGGGAAGUAUGCGGCUGAGAUACGUGACUCGACUCGUAACGGCGUUAGAGUAUGGCUUGGAACAUUUGACACCGCGGAGGAAGCCGCUCUAGCGUAUGAUCAGGCGGCUUUUGCUCUCCGUGGCUCAGCCGCGGUCCUUAACUACCCAGCCGAGGUUGCGUAUGAAUCGUUAAUGAAGAUGGGAUACAUGUACGAGGAAGGGAGUUCGCCGAUUUUGGCGUUAAAGAGGAAACACAGCUUGAAGAGGAAGUCAAUGAUGAAGAUGAUGAAGAAGAAGAAGGAGAAAGAGGGUAAGGUGGUAAAUGUUGUUGUUUUGGAGGAUUUGGGAGGGGAGUAUUUGGAAGAGUUAUUAGGGUUAUCUGAGAGCUGUAGUAGCAGUAGUUGUUCUAGCUGGUAAUAUUAAAUUAAGCAAGCAAGUUUGUCAUUUUUGACUUUGUUACACAAAUCUUUGGAAGAAGUUGUGGAUGUAGAGAGGUGAAAUGAUGUAAAUUAGAAGAUUAACUGUUUAGCUAAGAGUUCAUGUUCCUUGUAACAAAGUUACAUUGUGGACAUAUAUAACUUGGUUAAUAUUUCAGUGUAUUUUUAUAAACAUCAAUAAUACAUAUUU